AUGAUUUUCGAGCUACCAGCGCCUACAUUUGUAACGGCAGGUAUUUAUGUGAUCCUCGGACGAUUUAUUGAAUUUGCUGGAGUUAGAUCCCUCCUUACCCCAAAACAAUAUUUGUGGGUCUUUUGUACCUGCGAUGUGAUAUCACUCUUGGUCCAAGCGGUGGGUGGUGGAAUGGCAUCCGUUGCUGUUUCCGAGACGAAUGGUGAUACCAAACCAGGAACCAACAUUAUGGUUACUGGAAUCAUAUUUCAAAUGCUAUCUAUAACAGUAUUUGUUGCCUGUGCAGCAGACUUUCUUCGCCGAAUGGUUCGACAGAAUCUCUUACACUUGCUCACCAAAGAGAUGAGGUGGCUGCUCAUAGCUACAACGGCAUCAGUGGUCUUGAUCUAUAUCCGGAGCAUUUAUCGAACAAUCGAGCUUCUUCAAGGCUGGACAGGUUAUCUGAUCACUCAUCAAAGCUAUUUUGUUGCUCUUGAUGGAGGCAUGAUAGCUCCUGCGGUCAUAGUUUUCAAUAUCUUCCACCCAUCCUCAUCGUUUACACAUGGAAGGCCCGAGAAGCCCUACAAAGGAGGCGAGUUGCGGAAUUCCAUGAUGGAAGGUCCGUAUAUUGAAAUGCGUUGA